AUGGACCACUCCAGAGCCAAGAUGACCGUCUUCCAGUACCAGCUGUUCCAGUUCUGGUACAGUGCGGGCUUCAUGCCCCUCCUGGGCCUCGACGACGAGGGCAUUCUGGCCAAAGCGCUGGUCCGGCUGCUGCGCGUGCUCGAGGACAAUCGAGAGCUCGCUGAGAUCGGCGAGUCCGGUGACAUUGCCUUUGCUGGCUGGAGCCUCAAGAACACCAUGCUCGACUGCAUUGAAAAAGCCGAGGCCCUGUUGGACCGGCAGCUGCGGCUGCAGCAGCAACAGGAGGUGUCGGAAGGCUACACCACGGCGCCCGUGGCGCGGGGUCCAGCCACCGCAACGGCCUCGCUGUCGGCCCGCCUCGUCGAAAUCUCCAUUGCCGUGUCCGACAUGCUCGCCCAAGUCAAGUCGGCCCAGGAAGUGCAGCAUCUGCAGGACCGCAUGAAGCAGGGCUUCAAGACAGUCCAUUCCCACUCAGGCAGCCGCUGGAAUAUUUUCAGCAAGACCGAUGCGCUGUCUUUGGCUUCGGUGCCGCCUGCUGACGCACCGCCGGGGCCGCCGCCUCCUGCGCCACCGCCGUACCGCCCAUGGCCCGGUCGGCCUCCGGCACCGCCGUCGCCGUCGCCGCCAUGGUCCCAGCGCCCGUCGGCCAUCGCGCCGUACAAUCCCAACGUGGGCCCCUCCAUGCACAGCACCGACCGCAGCAACGGCUCCAACAGCAACGAAAGCGCGGACAAGGACAAGACAGAAGACAUACCUGGAAACACUGUGGUGCUGCGCCUCAUCAGCAACCACUACUUCCAGGGCGCCGCGCGAGCCAGCGACGCCCUAUCGGCCGAGUGCCUCUUUGACAUUGUGCGCCAGAUCGCGCCCGAGGGUGCCUUUUCGUACGAGCACAUGGUCGCCGACAACAACCUCGAGGCCCUUGUCUGCGUCACAGCCGGCUGGGCACUGGCCCAGAAGGGCUUCCAGAUGUCGCCCACGCGCAUGGAGAAACUGUCGUACCCGCAGCUCGCUAACCUGCUGGUGCUGUCUGGCAACCAGCUGUACCGCCCGGCGGCCGUCUUGCCCCUUCCCAUCCCAGUUCCGGCGUCGUCGGCCCUCUCCUCGUCCUCGUCUCUGGACACGGGCAGCGAUUACCACAAUGUUCCGAGCUCCGUCAACACGACGGCCACCAACGCAUCGUCGGCAACCACCGCCACUACGACCACGACGGCCACGACUGGCAACAAGCCACCCAUUUUCCGUGUUUUGGCCAUUGCAGCGGCUAAAGCGGCCUCGUCGUCGACUGACUCGUCGCCCGAUGGCCCCUCCUCGAGCCCUCAUGCCUCCUCUUCCCGAGACUCGCCACCCACUCGGCUGCCGCCACCCGCUCGUCCCUGGUCGUCUGACCCUCUUGCCUAUGCUGGUGCUCUUCGCCCUCAUCUCAAUGGUACGGAGGGCCCGAAAGGCAUUCCGCCAUAUUGCGGGGCCGGUAACGGUUCCUUACCGGGGCGACUCCCUCUGACUCGGAAUGCGCCUGUCAUCGGCAUGAACCGUAACGCGAGGAUGCCGGGACAGCCGUACAACUUUCUGGCAAAUUCUUCGCGUCACGGGAUGCCCGGUGUGCGUGGGUGGUUUCCCGCUAUGGUGCCCACGAGCAUGAAAAAGAAGAACAAGAACGGCCGGGGCCGGUAUGCGCGCUCCUUAGACGCAAGCACUGUCCGGAGCGACAGUGUGAGCACCAGAAGUGCGACGAGCGACAGCGACAGCAACAGUGGCAGCAGUAGCGAUAGCGACAGCGACAGCGACAGCGACAGUGACAGUGACAGCGAUGCCAGCUCCGUCUAUGCCCGCAACAAAAAGACGAGCAAGAAGUCAAAGAAGACCAGCAAGAAAUCAAAGAAAUCAAAGAAGUCGAAGAAGACCAAAAACAAGAAGGAUGUCGACUCGGACGACUCGGACUGGGAGGCUGUGAGUGACCGGUCGGUCGCCCUGUAUCGGGCCUCGGACUCGGACUGGUCGUCGUCGUCUGACCCGGAGGUGAGCUCGGGCUCCGACUCGGACUCGGACGCCGUCUAUUCCUCGGAUGGCUCGGUGGACCGCCGCAAGGCCAAAAAGGCAAAGAAGACCAAGGCCAAAGCCAAGGCCAAGGCAAAGCGUCGUGCUACACGCAAGGCGGCCCUGACGGACAGCGACUCCGGCUCAUCGGAUUCCGAUGUGGACUCGGACGCCGACUCGGACUCAAACUCCGACUGCGCGCCAGACGCGCGCAGGUAUCCGGACUCGGAUGCUACCGGUUCCGGUACCGACUCGGACGGCUCCGACAGCGCCGACGACUCGGAUGCCCGGUCCGUCGCAAGCUCGAUCGCGCCACGCGACCUCCCUCGCAAAGGCAAGCGGUCCAAGAAGUCGUGCCGGCGCAAGAACGAGGCGGACGAGGACAUGGACGACAUCAUGGCUGCUCUGCGCAAAGCAAAGGCCAAGGCGAAGAAGGCCAAGGCCCAAGGCAAGCGCUCCAAGAAGACCAAGAGCAAGACGGCCGGCAAGGGCAGCCGCAGCGCCAAGAGCAAGCGUCGGGGCAGCUUUGUCGUCGUAAAAGCAUAA